AUGUCGGAUUCAGAUAGGGAGUUGUACCCAACCCCCCACUCAGACUUCCAGGAAAAAGUCCUCUACCUAGACUCAAUCGGCCUCGACUUCUUCUCCUUAAUCAACCACCACCCUCCGAUCCUCUCCUCCCCUCUACCCCACAUCAAAUCCACCGUCCAUUUCCUCCUCACCUCCAUCGGCUUCACCUGCCCGGAGCUCCGCCGCGUCAUUGGCAUGUGCCCCGAAAUCCUCUCCUCCCGUGUCGCCGAAAUCGUCCCCGUCCUCACCUUCCUCCUCCGCGAGGCCCGUGUCAAUGGCUCUGAUCUCCGCCGCGUCCUCAAUCGACGCCCCAGAUUGCUCACCUGCUGCGUUAAGACCCGCCUCCGCCCCACCCUCUACUUCCUCCAGAGCAUCGGCAUUUCCCAAGUGAACAAGCACACCUCUCUCCUCUCCUGCAGCGUCGAGGACAAGCUCCAACCCCGAAUCGACUACCUCGAGAAAAUUGGGUUCUCUCGCCGAGAUGCUCUCUCCAUGUUUCGGCGGUUCCCGCAGCUCUUCUGCUACAGCAUCGAGCAGAAUUUCGAGCCGAAAUUCAAUUACCUCGUGGUGGAGAUGGGGCGAGACUUGAAGGAGCUCAAGGAGUUUCCGCACUACUUUUCGUUCAGCUUGGAGAAUCGGAUUUGGCCGAGACACCAGCGGUGUGUGGAGAAAGGGGUUUGUUUUCCUCUGCCUGUGUUGUUAAAAACCAGUGAGGUUCAGUUUCGGGAUAGGCUGGAGAUUUUUUGUAAUUCUUCAAUCCCUUUCAGAAAUUCUCCUUUGUGGUGUACAAAUUCGAUUUCUGAUGAUUUGGAAAAAGGAUAAAAAUUGAUGGUCUUUUUUAUAUUUUGUUCGAAUUUUGGCGGAUAUAUCUGAAAAUUAAUUUUGAGGAGUAGCAUUUUCCAAAUACCCAAUUGAAUUUAGGGGGUGGUUUGGAGAUUUCUCAA